AUGCAAGUAACUAGAAUUUCACGCCAGGCUGUUGACUUUUCACGUCUCACCAGCCAAAUUGGACUCGGAAAGGACACCGUUGCUCAAAUCAACGCCUUCAGAAAGCGUGCAGAUGAAGCAAAGCGUUCAUUAACCAACCUUCAAGAGCACAAGGUGGACGUAGACUUCAGUCACUACCGCUCAACGCUCAAGAACAGCGCAGUGGUUGAUGAGCUUGAGAGCAAAGUAAAGUCAUUCAAGCCAGCUACUUACGACGUUCAAGCCAUUCAGAAAGCAAUUGAUGCAUUUGAAGCAAAGGCUGUCGACUCAGCUCAACAAACUGAGAAAAAGAUUGCAGAGGAACUUAAAGACCUCCAAGCCACUUUGGACAACAUCCAAUCAGCUCGCCCAUUCGACCAGCUCACCAUCGACGACGUUGCAGCCGCACGUCCAGAAAUCACCAAGACUGUCGAUACGAUGGUACAAAAGGGCAAAUGGUCUGUACCUGGCUACAAGGAGAAGUUUGGAGACCUCAAUAUCAGUGAGCACCACGAGCUGCGCUGUACGUCGCAUUCUAACUCAAUUGACAGUAUGGACAGUAGUACACAGAGUACCCAGAACACAGCUGAAGAUACUGACCAGCCCGUUGAUGAAGGCUAUAGGCCACUCAACGUACGCGACGCUCUCAGCUAUCUCGACCAGGUAAAACUCCGAUUCCAAGAUAGCCCUGAAGUUUACAACCACUUUCUCGACACUAUGAAAGACUUCAAAUCGCAAUCUAUAGAUACUCCAGGCGUUAUUGACCGGGUUUCCUCUCUUUUCCGCGGUCAUCCCGCCCUCAUCCAAGGUUUCAACACUUUCCUUCCUCCAGGCUAUAGGAUAGAAUGCAGCGACCUCUCUGGCACAAGUCCCACAGGCGGUACAAUCACCGUCACUACUCCUAUGGGUGUUACCACUCUCCAGGCCUCCGCCUCUUUCCUACCUGCGUGGCAGGCCCAACACGCUCAACCACCUCCACCAGAUCCUGUCAUUCCACCUUCUCCAUCCUCCCACUACGCCCAGAAUCAACAAUCAGGUGCCAACACUCCCACCGCUGCGUCUACUCUCGCUAACCAAAAACCUCCGGUUGAAUUCAAUCACGCUAUUAGCUACGUCAACAAAAUAAAGAAUCGUUUUAAUCAAGACCCUGAAACUUAUAAAAUGUUCUUAGAAGUCUUGCAGACUUACCAAAAAGAGCAGCGCACGAUACACGAAGUUUAUGCACAAGUGAAUCACUUGUUCCAUGGUGCUCCCGAUUUAUUAGAUGAAUUCAAGCAAUUCUUACCAGACACUACUGGUGCUGCUCCUCAAUCUGGCGGUUUGUUCCAAAUGGUUGGUCAGAUGGUUCCACAGAGCGUGCCGUCCUCCAUCGACUUAUCACAGAGCGCUAGUCGCAGCAUGACCAAGAAACCCACGCCUAAAGUUGAUGACAAAAAGAAAAAGAGAGCACCUACGAGCGACUCAUCGCAAAAGCAGUAUUCUAAGACAAAGAAGCCAAAGUUCGUGCACAGAGAAACAUCACCACAAUCACAAAUAUCGCACCCUAUGUCCACGCAACAGCCCACUUAUUCAUCCGCACGGAUGGAAGAACCACCACAAUUUCUCUACGAGUCGCCUUCGAUGAGAUCCGCAACAAUAGUACCACCAUCAAUCCCAAUCGACAAGACACUUGCAACUGUCGAAGAGAUGGCAUUCUUCGAUCGAGUUAAAAAGUUCAUUGACGACAAGACUACGUAUCAUGAAUUCUUGAAGCUGUUGAAUCUGUUUACCCAGGAUAUUAUUGAUGCGCGUACUCUCGUUGAUCGCUCCCAAUUGUUUAUUGGCGAAAAUAAGGAAUUGUGGGAUUUUUUCAAAGCUAUGGUGGGUAUUGUCCCAGGUCCAGGUUCUGGCGGUCCAGGAGGCACGUACCAGAUUGAGAAUAUUCCAGCUAUUGAACGUCCCAGGAUUGAGUUAGAAGAGUGCAAGAAAUAUGGUGCCAGUUAUCGUAAAUUACCGCAGUCAGAAAUCAGUCUGAGUUGUUCAGGACGUGAUGCGAUGUGCUGGGAGGUUCUUAACGACGAAUGGGUCAGCCAUCCAACCUGGGCAUCUGAAGAUUCGGGUUUCGUAGCCCACCGCAAGAACCAUUUCGAGGAAGCAUUACACAAAUCAGAGGAAGAGCGUCACGAGUACGACUAUCAUAUUGAGGCGAAUUUGCGCACGAUUACUCUGCUUGAGCCAAUUGCAGCGCGCAUUUCAGCGAUGGACGGUGAAGAGCGUGCUGCUUUCAGAUUGAAGCCAGGUCUUGGCGGACAGUCGAAAUCUAUAUAUCAGCGUAUAAUCAAAAAAGUGUAUGGACAGGAGAAUGGAUUGGAGAUAAUCAAUGCUCUCCAUGAAAAUCCAUCCGUUGCCGUUCCUGUCGUUCUCAACCGCCUUAAAGCUAAAGAUGAAGAAUGGAAGCGCGCACAGAGAGAGUGGAAUAAAGUGUGGAGAGAAUUGGAUGCACGCAAUUACUAUAAAUCCCUCGAUCACCAGGGCAUAGUAUGGAAGCAAAACGAAAAGAAGAACCUGACAUCUAAGCAACUUAUUCUGGAAAUAGAAACAUUGCGUAAAGAGCAAAUACAAAGACGUAAAUCUACAAUGUUCCCUGCAAUUUCUGCUUCACCUAUGCGUUCUAGGUAUCAGAUGGGCUUUAUACUCGAAGAUCAGGGAGUGCUGUUCGAUGCUAUCAAACUCAUCCUAGCUUUCAUAGACAGACCAGUGCCGCCAUCGACUACAAAUGGCAACAGCAUCUCAGCAAGCUACUACAACUCUAACAAUCAAGUGUAUUCAGCUAGUGAGAGGGAGAAAUUCGAGACGGUACUGAGAGAUCUCGUACAAGCCUUCUUCAAGAUUGAUGAAGACAAGUUCAAUCACUAUCUAAGUCCAAAUGCAGGUGCAACUGAUGGCGUCGAUGGGGAUAGGGAUGAGACAAUGCAGACUAAUGGCGACCGUGAAGCCAGCCCAAGUACGCGUGAUGCUGGUAAACCAUGGACGAAUAUUACAACUGAGCAGGCAUCAGUGGUACAUACUGAAGUCAAUAACGAUCCUACUACUAAACGCAAGCAUUUGAACUUUUUCUGCAAUUCGACCUACUAUAUAGCCUUCAGAUUGUUAUAUAUUCUUUAUAGUCGUCUGCACUCAUUCAAAAUGCUCGCUCAAGAACUUACGACGAGCAAAAAGCAACCCGUCAACCCACUAGCGAAAGAAAUGGGUCUUCACGACACAUCUAUCACUCAGACAGUUGGUAUACCAUUGCUAGAAAAUACUACGAAGGACGGUGCAGAGACACCAGCGAGUGUGCACUACUACGACUACCUUCUUGAACUCUCAGAGAGGUUAUUUGAAGGUGAAAUCGACCAAAAUGUAUUCGAAGAGAGUUUGCGGUGGAUGUUUGGUACGCGCGCAUACCCAAUUUUUACAGUCGACAAGUUGAUAUCGCAGCUACUGAAGCAACUGGGCAGUAUAGCGUCAGACCAAAAAUGUCAAGAACUGUUGUAUGUCCUUCAAGCCGAGCGUCGAGAGCCAUCUUCGUCCAACUCUCGCCAAUUCAUCUAUCGCAACAAAGCCCAGCGCAUAAUUGGUUCUGAUGAGCCAUUGUACAGAAUUGAGUGGGUAGGCUCUACCAAGGAGUUGAGGAUGCAGUUGUUAGCAAGAGAGGAUCUCACUGUCGAUGUAGAUGAGCGCAAGCAGACGAGAGAUCAGAAAUGGACCUAUUACAUACAGUCAUAUCUCCUUCAAACGCCUACGGAGGGAUUAAAUGCCGACCUCACCGCACCAUUCCUCUACCGCUCUAUACCGCAGCAGAGCGAAGAGGCGGAGGAGGACGAUGAAGAGACUGCUAUAGUCGAUAGAUCUGAGUACUCUAAUGGGAUGGAGUUGCGUAUCUGUAUGAGAACGUAUAGGAUGUUUUUCGUGCCCAAGACUGAGGAUAGCUUCGUGAUCAAGAAAUUCGGUAAAGGUGUACAACAUUCGCUCGGUCCAGGAUUACGAUUCGGCGGUGCGCCAGGACGCGUCAAUCACAAUGCUAGAGUCAGUAAUGAGAACAGACUGAAGCGGUUGAAUAAUUGGUUGGGAAAGAUAGGACAUGGACCUGACGAGCAGCAGCAAACCCAGCAAAUUCAGCAAUCCCAGCCAGCGAUAGAAGAAGCACCAGAAGAACCCCAGCAGCAGCAAGCACAGCAAUCCCAACAACCCAACAAUGACGUCAAAAUGAACGAAUAA